AUGGGGAUGAGCCUUGCGCAGGCGGUGGCGGCUCUGGUGGGCACGUGCGCGCGGCGGCUGUCGCGGGCGGCACGGCGGCUGCACCACCUGCGCCCGUCGCGGGACGGGAUCGUGGCGUCCUUCUCGUCGCGCGCCAUCGUGCCGUUCCUCGGCGGCGGCGGCGGUGGCGGGGGCGUCAAGAAGGCGCUCUCCUCGUCGUCGAAGUCGAAGAGGAGGAAGGCGGCGGCGGCAAAGGAGGAGGCGGGGGACGCGGUGUGGAGGAAGGAGAUCAUGAUGGGGGAGCGGUGCCAACCGCUGGACUUCUCCGGGGUCAUCUACUACGACGCCGACGGCUGCCGCCUCGCGCAGGCGCCGCCGCCGCGCUCGCCGCUGCGCAGCCCGCUCCCGGCCUCCAUGAAGCUCGCCGCCAACGCCGGCGCCGCGUACUAG